AUCAAUGCGUUUGGUUAUCGGUUCAGUGAAGUUCAUCCUGUUCUUGUAUUGUUUCAGUCAAAGUGACUUUUAACAAGGUAUAUAGUUGAACUAUAUUCGUCUCUUUAUUUUCUUGGCUUUAUGAAUUGUAACUCUUACUUUACUUUAUUUGACUGUACUUUAUAGCGAUCUGGUCAUCUUGUUUUCAGAAUUAGGAAUGGGAUUUCCCGUGAUCGCCAUUGUUGCGAUUGUCGACGUUGCAAUUCAAUGGUUCUUCUUCGUAAUUUCCGCUAUUCUGAAAACCGAGAAAUUUUUCGAUCUUGUUGGAGGUUUCUCGUUCAUAACAUGCAUCUCUAUUUCGUUCUUCAUGAAUGACCAGUACGAUCAUGUGCUUUCAAUUGUCCAGUAUGUGUGUAUUUGCGUUUGGGCUGCUAGACUGGGACUGUUCCUCAUGUACAGAAUCUGGAAAGACGGCCGUGAUAGACGUUUCGAUGACAUCAAAGUCAACCCAAUCAAGUUGUUCAUCACCUGGAAUGGGCAAGCUGUGUGGGUUUUCCUGACUCUUUUCCCAACUCUGUUUCUCUUCGAAUGGGCAAAACUGGACGGCAAGGAUCCAUACAUUGGACAGUUUGUCGGAUGGGCAAUCUGGCUGCUGGGGUUCCUUUGCGAAGUAGUCGCAGACCAACAGAAGCUGAUUUUCAAAGGGAAGCCGGAGAACAAAGGCAAGUUCAUAAACUGUGGACUGUGGAGCAUCUCGCGUCAUCCGAACUACUUGGGAGAGAUCACUCUAUGGUGGGGACUGUACAUAUCGGCAGUCACUGUGUUCAGUGAGUGGUGGUGGAUUCUAGUUGCGGCUGUCGGACCCAUCUGGGUGACGUUCCUUUUAGGAUUCUUCUCUCUCCGAAUGUUGGAGAAGUCAUCUGAUGAGAGAUAUGGCGAAAAUGAAGGAUACCAGGAGUAUAAGUCAAAGACCAAGAUUCUCAUCCCAUUUAUAAUUUAAUAGGUCAAUGCGCUACUUAAACUUAAUCUACGUUCAACAACCUCAAGGACCGUAGGUCACUUCUAUUUGUUCCUAUAUUACCUAUUUGCUCGCAUAUUACCUAUUUGAUCGUAUAUUACCCAAAAUCUUAAUAGCAUGGACAAUAUGAUUAGAAAAUUAGACGAAAUUAGAAAUUAAAAUAUCUGUAUUCAUUAUUUUUAUAUGCUUCCUGUCAUGAAUGAACUAAAUGGUGAAAAUUUGAUUUAACGUUAAUUAACUGUUAUAGCUUCA